UGUGUGUGUGUGUGGUUGUAGAUGUUCCUCAGCCCCGGCUGUCCGUGUCUCCUGAAGUUCUCACAGAGAGAGGAUCAGUGCAGAUUCACUGUCAUGUUCCAGACAAUGUUAAAGUGUCUCGGUGUCAGUUCUACCCAGAGAGAGACAACACAAAUCUAAAACUCUCUCCAUCAUGUCAGCUCUCAGUCAAUGGUUCUGAACUGAUCAGGUGGACAGGACGAAGUUCUCCUGGAACACUUCAUAUUACUUGUUACUACACUGUGGAUAACUCUGUUCGUACUCCUUCUCCUCACUCUCUCCCAGCUCCAGUCACAGUGCGGUAUCAGAAACCGAGACUAAGCGUCAGUCAUGAUGAUCAGCUUGAUGAAUUCAGAUUUGUGUGUGAAAUAUCAGGGUCAGAGUCAGUAACUGCUGAUUUUAGCUGUAAUCUCUACACUGGAGAAAAUCCUCAGCCUUAUGUAAAGACAGGAUCUCAGAAGGCAGUUUGUAGAUUUACAGCAGAGAAAAAUGAUCUGUUUAAUCGUCUGCAGUCAGUAAAGAGUCGUGAAGUGAGCUGUGAUUAUUCACUGAUCUCUGACCCGACUGCUCGCUCUCUAAUGAGUGAUAAACACAACAUGAUGCAUUUCUUUACAACAACAACAACAACAACAACAACUACAACAACAACGACUCAGACAUCCACUCCUGAAGAGAAACCCAGUGCAGAUUUGAGUCUGGUAACGACGCCACCAUCCACAGCUACGGAGGAACCUACAGCAGCUUCUCCAGUUUUUUCAACUCCUCUGAUCACCACAAGACACACAGCGACUCCUGAAAGUACCAGAGUUACACAAAAUCAUCAUCACAACACAACCAGUGCUCCUAACACGUUGUCUACUGUAUCAACAUCGCAAACCACACCUAAAGAUAAAUCUACAGCUUCUCCAGUUUCUAUUUCGAUUGUGAACCCCACAAGUGGCCCAAAAAGUAGAUCAGUGUUUGUCCUUCUACUGUCAGUCACCAGCGUGUGUGUUUUCCUGGCUGGACUGAUGAGCGUCUGUCUCUGCAGGUUCAUCAGGAAGCAGACGGCUGAGAGACGUAAAAUGGCCUGUGGAAAUCAGGGAGUCAUGAUGUCCAUGCUCAAUAUGAACACAUCCGGCUCAGAAACUGCUGGAACUUAUUCUGUGAUCAGCUCAGUACCCUUACCGUCCCUGCCUUUAGACACUAGCGGAGACGUAAAAGAAGAUGCUAAGACAACAGAGGACGAUGUGUAUCACAUGUAUUGUACCAUCGCCGACACUCAAGUGGUCACCCAAGACAAAGACACGGUGUACAGCCUGAUACAGAAGUACUGAUGGAUGCUAACCUUACAGAGUGUAAAUUUUGUAUUAUUUGUAUGGUUUUUAUGCAGUACAUGCCUUAAUUUAAUACGCUGCUUUGGCAUCUUUAAAUAAAUUGAUUUCAAGCUGCUGUUUGAUCACGAAGGCAAUGUCACAACUGGGUCAAGACUUAACCAUUCAGAUAAAACGUGUAUUUCUAAAAGCGAACACAGAGCUCUUAAAGGAGACGAUGGUUUUGCAAGAGAUCGGCUGUUGCAGGAAGUUGAGAAAGCCACGAGCGAGCACGCAGGCAAGCAGGCCUACUCGCUCUCAGAGACGUAACAGCUAAUGCGGUCGUGCUAUAAUUAGGAGCAGCAGAGAACACAAAGACAAGACGAUCACAGAGGAUUCAGGUGAUUUGGCCCUUUUUGACACUUUAACCCCUGUACUUCAUUUCAUACUUCCAAUCCUCUUUGUUUUUUUAGUUUUCUACGUAAUAUUAGCAUAAGCAUUUUUUGUUCUUGUACACUUAAUAAGUCUGUGACCACCAACACCAAAAAAAAUAUCACGCAGCUUUUCAGCUCUCGAGGGAACAACAUAAAUAGGGGUUAGAUAGCGAGGUUCAGGUGUUCCACAUCAGCUCGUUCCCAAAUCCCUCCUCCCAGUGCAAAACCUGCAGCUUAGCCACGGCCCUGAGUCCUCCUACAGGUGACGUAAUGAACUGUAUCAAACUGAAGACUGAUAUUUAUAGCAAUGUGUAGUUUUUUACCGUUUGCAGUUGGAUGAAAAUGUUUCGAGCAAUGCUUUAAACAUGCUCAAAGCCUUUUCACACGCAACAGUCUCGUGACUUGGAAUGGUGAGGGAAAAACCCAAAAACAUCCAAUGAGCGGCGGUUCUGUGGCUUCUUCAACUGCGCAAUCCAUACUGAGCAGGUCAUUUGUCUGGACCAUGUAUAUGUCGUUUAUGUCGCUCGGUAGGAGGACAAUUAUUGUAGGAAGUCUGAACAAUAUACCGGCCCCCUCCCUACCCCAUCCAUUAAUGUGAACUGACCAGAACUAAGCAGACCUGGGUUCGGCUUGAACGUGUUCGUCACCUUGUAAGAGCUGUUCGAGUAGCUUUAGAAAGCUUUUUCUUUUUCCAUGUUUCAAUAUCCAUCAUUUUGUUUGACGGACAUAACAGUGACCCCGAGGUGUUUAAAAGGAAUUUUAACAACACUACCGUAUCGAAUGGUCUAUAGUUAAUAAUUGUGAAGCUCAAACAGUGACCUAUAUGAUAAAAGGCCCAAUAGUUUAGAUCGAUUACGAUUCCUAGCACGUAAUGAUUUAAGUUGACUGUUUUUCAGCUGGUCCUGAGUCAUGCUCAUGGAACAUUCCUGUGUUUAGAGUAUUAUGAACCUGAGCGCAUUAAACCUCAUCGAAGUCUAUAUUUAGAGUUCUUAUUUAAAAAUACGGAAAUGUAUUGUAAUGUUUCAUGCUUCUGCUUUCGUUUGGCCCGUUCUCACUGGCAUAUACACCCUGACCCGUAUGUACACAUCCCUGUCAGUGGUCACAUUCAUGUGAGAAACUAGCUAACAGGAUUCUGUGACACAUCGUCUCAGUGACAUCAACGUGACACGCCUUCUAUACGGCUCACUUUCAUUUCUCCUUAAUAUUUCUGUUCCGAAAACUUCUAAACCCUGGGAAUAUAGACGUCUAAUGGCAUAAAAUGACUGUAGCGCUCAAAAAUGUGAAGGUUUAAAGAGAUACACUGGAGAUGGAUCCAGGUACAACAAUGAAAAAUGUGCGCUAGUGCAAGCGUGAGCAAGAAUGAUGACUUUACAGUAGCAAAGGGACAUUUUCUGUAUGAAUUGUGACAACAGAGGCCUAACAUCCUGUUUUACUUAUUUAUAUUAUAUAUCUAUAUCUAUAAUUAUCCAUAUGUAUAUUCAUAACUGUAUUUAUAUAUUAAUUUGUUCGUUCAUUCAUUCAUUUUUCAUCGAUUUAACAUUUUUAAAACACAUUUUGCCUUGACACACCCCUCUGCAUACAUUUUUCGAUCAUUUCGUCGUUCCAAAAAUAAAGGAAAAAGGAAAAAUCCUCAAAUUAAGACCAAAAAAACGAGACCGCUGAUGGAAAAUAUGCUUUUAUUUACAACAAAUGGCUUUCGUUCUUUUUGAGGUAUAGUUAUAAUCAUUUAAAAGACAUUUUCUUUUCUUUGUUUUGUAUUUUUUUUUUGUUAAGCAGGCAUUCUUGUGCAAUUCAGAAUUGUUAAAAAUCAGCGUUUUUCUGUAGAAUAUUCCGUACGUUUUCUCACUUCAUGCAUGUUAAUUUCCUUUGAUGAAAUGAUAAGGUGUAAAUAAAAAUGACAGGCAGACGAAUGGGAAUAUAAUUAACGAGGAAUCUAUUUUUUUUUUUUUUCAGUUGCCCGUAAACAAUGGUGUCUUGAAUUCUGGAUGAAAUUACAAAAAAAGCAGUGAUUUGUUAUAAGCUCGCUCGUCUCGCGCGUUACGCGGGACUCAUGGCUCAGAUUAAGAACAAAGCUCUGUGUCCCAAACGCUUAAAUUCACACCUACAUUUUUUUAUAUAUAUCUCAAACCAAAGGGUGCAGAGAAUUCUUUCUGACAAGACGUCUGCGUUUUAAGAUCUCAUCGUUUUAUUUUCGAGCGUUCAUACAGCGUUAUUCGGCUGUGGAGCUGUGUCUGUUACUGCUAGCAUACGUUAGAGUUAACGUUCAGAAGCAGUUUACAUCAAAUCGGUUACUAAUAUAACAUUCAGAUAACUAUAUUGUGUAAUAAAGCAGAAAGUUAGUCAUGUUUAGUGCCCCUGUGCCACACUUUAGCUGAGAAGUAGAGUGAAAUGCUUUUAGCUGCUAAUUAGCCGCUAAUUUGCCAGCAGGCUGCUAGCUAGCUAGCUACAAAAUGGCUGCCAAAGCACAACUUUUUUCUCUCUACUUUGUAAAGCAACGCCUAUACACACCAUACCAACUGGAGUUUUCUCAAUAACUCAUUAGAAUGAAUUCUGAGAAAGACUCUUCUGGCGUUUGGGCCACUCUCUUUAUGUUUGGACAUUCUUAAAGGUCAUAUAAAGGUCACCGAGCCUCUAAAGUGUCAGCAGGUUUAAGUUUUGAGGUCAUAAGGAUGAGUUUGAUUCUGUCAGCAAGCUGCAUUUGAACUGGUAUUUUUGUUUUCACACCCCCAUUUAGCAAUAGCCAUUAGCGAGGACGAUCCUCCAAUGGCUGGAAGGUCGAAGGUCACGUCAAAGGUCACCUGGAAAUGAGGACAAUCAGGAGGGGGCUCAAAGCGGCAGCUAGCGUAGGAGAAAGGGUUGUGGCCGAGCCGCACUCCAUGGCGUUUUCCUGCACACACACACACACACACACAGCAUUUACUCAAGGCUGAAAUGUGAGGACCAAAAUUUCCUCUUAAUGAAAGAAACACACAACAAUUUUGUGAGGACAUUUGGCCGAUUAAGAUAAGGGUCAUUUUUAGCUGCAGUAACAGAGAAUAUAGGGGGAGAGAAAGUACACAAACAUACAAGACUGCACACACACGCACACACACCACACACACCACACAUACGUGCACAGAGUGUACCUCAGGAUGGAAGGGGUGACAGGAGUCAGGACGUUUGCGGUCCUUCUGAAACUUCAUUGUCUCACACUUAAGAGACUCGUUGUGUGUUCAGAGGUUAAAGCAUAUAAACUCACACACACUCAGAACUGUGUAAAAUGUUAUUGUGUAGUGUGUGUGUCUGUGUGUACUGUAAAAAUGUACUAAGCAAUAGUUUUCCAAAUGUAAACAUAUCUGAGAUUACAAUAUGCUUGUGCCAAUAUUUCUGGUCAAUUUUGGUCAUAUUUUUUAUGAUUCAUUUUUGAAGAAACAUGUCAAAAUUUAACAGAGUUCAAAUAUCUAGCUAGUCAGACCCCGUUAGCACAAGCUAGCUAGACAGCUGAGAACAGCCACCAAAUUGGCACGUAGUUUUCAACAGACUUCAAAAACUUCAAAACACCAAGACACUCCUCUAUCUGAUAUAAUUUAAUUCAUAACUAGAUCAGAGAGCUCAUUCUUGUCUUUUCAGUUCAAGGUAAACAAGUUCUAACUUAAUGACUUAAAACCAGCCAGAUACCAGUGAGCUAAUUUAGCUAUUUAGCUACCACUCUUUUUUAGCCAACAGGGAAGUUUUAUUAGUAGACUCUGAUAACCAGACAUAAGGAAUUACACGUUUUUAGCAGUAGCUAGUCAUUGAAUUCUAUCUAUCCGUUCAGUUGUUUAUUUCUGUCCUCCAUUUUAGGUUUUUCAUGCAGUACAGCAUUUGUUGGUUUAUCUUUUUUAUCUUUACAGGUAAAACCUAGGGCUCAAACCAAGACUGGAUGUUCAGAGCUAUUAAGCGUUUAAACAAUCAAGCUAACAUGGCACACCUGGUAAACAAGAAACACCUGUCACAUGUUCCAGUAUUUUUGAUCACGUGAAAAAUGGGUGGUUUCAAACAAAAGGCACCAUGUUUUAAAAAGUUGUUUAACAAGUCUAGAUGUAAAUAUGAGGAAAUGAAAGCUGAAAUUCUGAUCUAUUGUCUCAUAGUCAUCUUUUGAUCUCAAACCCAAAUGUCUUCAGUGUACAGCAAAAACAAAAACACUGGUUUUGCUGUUCCAAUACUUUUGGAGCAGACUGUAUGUCACUGAGGUAGUAUUUUGGCUGACCAACUUAUUAUUAGUUCAGGCAGUUUGACUUUAUUAUUCAACACUAAGGGAAUAGAAUAGUUUUUUAUUGUGAAGACGACUCUUUUUUUUACUCUGUGUGUGUGUGUGUGUGUGUGUGUGUGUGUGUGUGUGGGUGUGUGUGUGUGUGUGUGUGUUUGGGUAAACUUUGAAAGCUGUACCAGGAAAUGCAAAUGACUGUAUCUCUGUAUUUAUAAUUUGUGAAGGAUAUAAAUGAUCUCGAUCGGCUCCAUUGUAACUGGAGGGGCGGAGCUACAGUCACACUUGUUUUCCACAACCACCAUGAAGAGGUUACUGCUGGGUAUCUGCUGAAUGACAAACGUCCUGAGAGAGAGACAGAGAGAGAGAGAGAGAGAGAGAGAGAGAGAGAGAGAGAGAGAAAA